UGUAACACGGGAGAGCACUCCCAUCACACAGGCAGCAAGAACACACAAACACACAACAACACAACCCACAGACAGGAGAGCAGAGGGACACGCAAUGGAGCUGGAGAUAAGGCAAAGAUCAGCUCUGAACACCUCCAUGGGGUAAGCCGACGGACACAGACGGACCAGCAUGCUUCUGUAAACAUGGUGAAGGACGUCCAAAGACAAAGAGGGAUCCUGUUCCAGUGAUAUUUUGAGGACAUGUGGCAGUGAAGCGGACACAAGCUGACCAUGGGUGACUGGAACCUGCUGGGCAGCAUCCUAGAAGAGGUCCACAUUCACUCCACCAUAGUGGGCAAGAUCUGGCUGACCAUCCUCUUCAUCUUCCGCAUGCUGAUCCUGGGAGCGGCCGCCGAGGACGUAUGGGACGACGAGCAGACCGAGUUCGUCUGCAACACGGACCAGCCGGGAUGCAAGGCGGUCUGCUACGACCGUGCCUUCCCCAUCUCCCUCAUUCGCUUCUGGGUCUUGCAGGUCAUCUUUGUGUCUGCGCCCUCGCUGGUCUACAUGGGCCACGCCCUCUACUGCAUCCGGGCGCUGGAAAAGGAGCGGCACCGGAAACGGGCCCAGCUGAAGGAGGAGAUGGAUGAGGUGGAGCUGGCGCUAGAUGAGCAUAAACGCUUAGAGAAGGAGCUGAAAAAGCUGGAAGAGCAGAAAAGGGUGAAGAAGGCUCCUCUGAGGGGCUCUCUGCUGAGGACCUACAUCAUCCAUAUCCUCACCCGCUCUGUGCUGGAGGUCACCUUCAUCCUGGGCCAGUACCUACUCUACGGUAUCCAGCUGGAGCCUCUCUACAGAUGUGAAAGGCUGCCCUGCCCCAACAGUGUAGACUGUUACAUCUCCAGGCCCACAGAGAAGACCAUCUUCAUGGUUUUCAUGAUUGUCAUCGCUGGCGUGUCCCUUUUCCUAAAUAUUCUAGAAAUAUCCCACCUGGGCAUCAGGAAAAUCAAACAGACGCUCUAUGGAGAGAGGUACACAGAAGAUGACAGUUUGAUUUACAAGUCCAAGAGGAGGUCGUCCUUACCGCACCUUUGUGUCAUGAGUAAUGUAUCGCCUCACAACGGGCCUUUGACUCAGACCUUCCAGGUGAUUCCAGAGGCGGACAUGAGGCCUCCUCACUACAGCAGCGGGCCCAAGGCCAGUCAGGAGGUCCCCAGACACAACAGCGUGGCCUGUAUGGGACAGACUGCUUAUAUCUGCCCACAGCCCAGGAUGGCACCCAGAUCUAGCCUGAACUAUGUAAUCCAACCCCCCCAGAUCCAUGAAAGUCUAGUGGUUCAUCCAAGCACAGCGGACCCACAUCCAGCCUGGGCCUCUGCAGGCUCCAACAUGGAAGGAAGUGCAAUAAGCCAUCAUGAGGACAGCCAUGAAGCGCUACACCCUCACUCUAGCCAUCUGGAGGCUCUCGCUCUACUUUCGAGCAGCCCCUUACGGCCCUCUGCUAUCACAGACCUGGAUGAGGACGAGCGAAGGGAGUCAGUGGAGAGUCAUAUCCAGGUUCCCAAUCCAAGGAAGACCAGCUUCAUGAUGAGGCCGCCAUCUGAGAGCUUGUCCUCCAUGAGCGGCUGCACCAGCCCCUCGGUGCAUACGUCUGAGGAGUCUGACGAACUGGGCUCCCUGCAGGGAGACAUGCCCAUGAUGCCGCCUCCCGGAGGACGCAGGAUGUCAAUGAGUAUGUUCCUGGAUAUUUCCUCUAUCAUGAAGAAGUGACCCACAGCCGCGAACAGCAGAGAAACUGUGUCAAAGAUCAGCCCAUCAACACUGAUGCGUGGCUCCCGUCACACGGGCCAGAACAUGAGCGUGAGGCAGCUGAGCCACAGCCACGGCCCUCUGGGAUCGGACUUCAAGCACCUUAGAUUGCCUAUAUGUGGAACGAACGGGAAAGGAUCGUGUCUUUUUAAAACUGUGGACGUCUUUCUGUGUCGGCAGCAUUUUUUAAGAUUGUUUGGAGCGAAUGGAUUAUGGAGCAAAGUCCUCAGAGGAUCAAUUUGCUUCUUAAUGUGGACUUUAAAAGCUUAAAUAUACUUUUUCUAAGUCAAAGACUUAGUCGGUUGGAAUUUGAGUAUAUUUGUAUAUAGUCCUUUAUAUACAUUUUAUGAGGAAUUAUAACAGUUUCUAUUAUAUUCAGAUUAAAUGCUUCUUAACAAAACAGCACAUUUUUUUUGUUGCUUUUAAUCAAGAUCCACACACCAACAUCAGACUGUGGAAUUCUCAUGCUUUUUGUUUUUAUUUCAACAGGUCUUUGUCUUGACAAAAAAUGCUGAUUUUUUUUUUUUUUUUUCCUUUUAAAACAUUUUUCAUA